AUGGGGGCGCAAGAUAAGCCAGAGGCCUUUCUGGAGCCAUCAUGCAACGGGUUGGCCACAGUCCCAAAGAGCAUCACCGGUGAACUAAGAAACUGUGCAUUAUCUCCGUUAAGCUGUCCAAUCGGAUUUGAAAGAUUUGCCCUGAUGAAGGACUCUCAGGCUAGUGUUACCAGGAAUUGCAGCAUAUUGUUAAAAUCUAAUGACUACAUUACAUGUUACAUCACAUUUAAAAUCGAAUGUGUUCAUUCCGGCUCUGGAGAAGAGGAGGUCUCUAGAGAGAAAGGUGUGCUCUAUAGAUGGCAGGGGUGUUUCUGCAGUGUUAACCCAGAGAGACUAGUUCUGUCCAGACCAGUGCUUCAUGCUGCAUUGGGAACAUUACAUUUAUCUUGCUCAUAUGUUUCUCUCUCAGAUGGGCAUGUUUAUAGUUUUGGAGAGCAGCCAUGGAAACGAGCCAGUUCUCAGCCUGUUGGCCUUGUUUUAGAGAGCUCCCUGAGCGGUCAGUGUGUGAUAUCGGUGUCGGCGGGCAGCUAUCACUGUUCUGCUGUAACUGAACAUGGCCUUGUCCACAUGUGGGAGAACUCUCACGGCCAGUGUGGCAUCUCCGGAAUGGACCAGGUACCUAAUCCCACACCUGUUAGCAUGGUGGAUUGUGAGACCCAUCCUCCGCAACUGGUCCAAGUCCUAAAUGUGGCCUGUGGAGUGCAGCACACUCUAGCAUUGUCAGGAAAGCAUGAGGUCUGGGCCUGGUGAAGUGGCUGCCAGCUUGGCCUGGUCACCAGUGUGUUCCCGGUAUGGAAACCUCAGAAAGUGGAACACCUAGUGGGAAGAUAUGUGGUUCAGAUAGCAUGUGGGGGGUUUCACAGCCUGGUUUUGGUUCAGUUACUUCCUCCCACAGAGUCCUGUCAGCAAUCUGAGGAUAAAUGUGGACUGUGCAAACAGAGCCUCUACACUAUGACUGACAAGGAUGACCAUGUUAUUAUUUCGGAUGACCAUUACUGCCCACUUGGGGUGGAACUGGCUAAUUCUAAACAUGGUCAAAGAUCAGGACAAAGUUCUCCAGCUCAAACAACACACACCAAACACAUUGUGUCUGAUUUCCAAGUAUCCCCGUUGACCUCUUGUGCUGGCCAAGCAUCCUCACACAGUUCUCAGCAAAAUGGUCGUCACCUGGCCUUCUCCCCCCAGACAUCAAACCAACCACACGAGAGCUGUAGUGGGUUCCGUGACAACUUCCUCCUCCUCAGAAUCCGAAAAUCUCCUCCCCUCCCUCUACACUGA